AUGGCAAUAAUGAGUUGCUUUUCGAUUUUGAAUGAGUUUAAGGUGAAAAAAAAGGCAGGGAAAGAAAAAUCUACUAAAAAGAAUUCCGGUACUCUAAUUUCCAAACUACAACACUCGGUAUCAUCUAAGUCGUAUGAUUUGGAGCCAGCCACUUUUGAUCUUACUGUAACCAAUGGUUUUAUGAAAAACUCGAGGAGUGAUGUUAGGGUUAUGCCUCUUGAGAGUCCUAUGAAAGCUGGAGUGGGAGAAGUUUAUGAAGGUGGCGAUGAAACUGAGAAUGAAAAUCCGUCCUCAAUCAAGAGGGAGCUCUCGGGUUUUGAUAUUCAAUCCGAUGAACCUGUUGCAAUCAAAGAAGGGUAUGAUCCAAAAGAGAAAAACCAAGUCAGCGAUGAAUUGGAAGAUCAAAGUGAUAGAUAUAGCCGAAAGAGUGAUGAUACAAACCAUAGUGGACAUGUGAGUGAUCCUGGUAUUGGGAAAUCUGAUUUUUUGGCUUCUCCAAACCUCAUGCGGUCGUGCUCUAACCUUGAAAGUAAGGAUGUUCGUAGCCAGAUAAAUGAAUACUCAUGUCCUUCAAAGUCGCUAUCUUUUGAAGACUAUUGCGAUUUAUCGACAAACCCGAUGGAUAAUCUUAAGAGGUCUAGGUCUGUGAAGAGUCACUGCAGUGCUGAUAGAGUGAUGUUGAAACGACAUUCUAUAAGUCAAAUACUCCCGUCUGGAAGUAAAAAAUUGUGGUGGAAGUUGUUCCUCCGGAGUCAGACGAACAUACAUAGAACAUUCUCUAGAAAAUCGAAACUUGUUCCUGCUAUUAGUUCUUUAAGCGAUCAACUAGGGUAUUCUUCUAACACCCUUGAACCAAAACAUUUGAAGGCAAUGAAACAUGUGCAAUCCUCCGUGUCAAUUACUGCGCAAUCCAUUAGUGAAAUCAUCGAUGGCGAUGAUCAAAGGCAGAACAGAUUUCCUAACCAAUGGCUUGCUUUCUCGAAAGAAUCAUCUUCUUAUGACCGGGUGGAUGCGUGGAUCAAAGAUCUUGAAAUUCAGGAACCAGUUCCGGAGGAUGGUGUUCUUGAUUACAAUGCCAGAAGCAUUUCCUUCCCAUCUUUUCCUGAGGCCGGUAGACCAAUGAUAGGAAGCACGUCUCAAUUGACUUAUUCAAAUUCCAAUCUUUCAAAGGAUAUUUUGAAAGCCAAUAGUAUGGUCCAGUCUCUAAAUCCAGGUUCAUCGGUUGCUCACAUAUCCGGCGUUGGCAUAAAAGCCAUCCCCGUAAUAUCAUAUUUCUCCAAUCUCCGCUAUGUCAAUUUGUCCAACAAUUUCAUAGUUAGCAUCAUACCAGGAUGUCUACCAAAGAGUGUUCAAACACUUAAUUUGUCAAGAAACAAGAUUAGCACCAUUGACGGCCUCAAAGAAUUGACCCGGUUGCGAGUACUUGACCUGAGUUACAACUGCAUCUCAAGAAUUGGACAAGGUUUAUCGAGUUGUACACUUGUCAAGGAGCUAUAUCUUGCUGGAAACAAGAUAAACGAUAUCGAGGGACUACACAGGUUGUUUAAGCUAACAGUUCUGGACCUGAGCUUCAACAAAAUCACCUCAACGAAAUCUUUAGGCCAGCUCGUGGCUAACUACAACUCACUCCAGGCUCUUAAUCUACUAGGAAACGCUAUUCAGAGAAACAUCGGUAACCAACAGCUAAACAAAUCUGUAUCUGGUCUUCUUCCAAAUCUGGUGUUUCUGAACAAACAACCUUUCAAGAAUAAAAGGGCGGCGCAGAACAUAUUUAUUGAUAGUGUUACCAAUGCUGCACUUGGGAACAGCAACAAGCGGAGCUCCGGAAGAAGAUCAAUGAAUCGAGUUGGACAACUGCGAGAAGGAUCGAGUGUCACGUCAAAAGGCAGGAACGGGACAAGGAGGUGA